AUGGACACGCGACGAGCACCAGAGUAUGCGCUUGAACUAUCGGCAGAUCGCUCCAACGUCAGAGAUGUGGUCAAAGGCGCUCUCCACACGAUCUUCUUCCACCGAUGCUUCGUCCCGCUACAGCCGGCCACGCACGAUAUACUGGAGAUGACCCUACCCUACGUAUCCGAAGAUGACAUUGAGACGCUCAUUGAGCAGCGCACCAACGCCUUCAUGCGCGCGCUUGACUCCGCUUCCACCUCCCAAUCACCGCAGUCGCAGCCCAAGCCAGGCAAAGGGCACCUCGUCGUACAGUUCCUCGAGAAGAAGCGGCGCAAGGGGUGGUUCGUUGCUAAAGCGGAUGAAGAGACGGUAUGGGAGACUUGGGUGAUAGAAGUCACCUUGACGUCGGCGCGCAGCGAGCCAGAGGCAGCGCGGAAUCGUAGGCAGAUGGAGAAGCAGUUGCAGACUGCUGCGAUGGCUAUCAUAGAGACGGCGAAUGGUGAGAAGGACCAUAUACCGCCCAUUACGUCGACGGAUUCGAAUCCGUUUCCGUAUCAGAUAUUAGUCAAUCCAUAG